CCCACGCCCCAGCGCGCUGUGUCGGGAUAGUGGCAGUAUAAAGUAUAUCUUCCAUCCGAGACAGAUAAGAAGCGCCAGGCUAGAGGGGAUGAAGAUGGCGGACGCCAAGCAGAAAAGGAACGAACAGUUGAAGCGUUGGAUAGGCUCGGAGACGGACCUCGAGCCGCCCAUCCUGAAGAAGAAGAAGACGAAGGUGAAGUUCGACGAUGGCGCCGUGUUUCUGGCUGCCUGCUCCAGCGGGGAUACGGAGGAGGUGCUGCGAAUGCUCGACCGCGGCGCGGACAUCAACUACGCCAACGUAGACGGACUCACCGCCCUGCACCAGGCCUGCAUAGACGAUAAUGUGGACAUGGUGACCUUCCUGGUGGAGCAUGGGGCCUGCAUCAACCAGCCUGACAAUGAAGGCUGGAUUCCCCUUCACGCUGCCGCUUCCUGCGGAUACCUCGACAUCGCUGAGUAUCUUAUCAGUCAAGGUGCAAACGUCGGUGUUGUAAACAGCGAGGGAGAAACGCCAUUGGAUAUCGCCGAGGAGGAGGCCAUGGAGGAGCUUCUGCAAAACGAGAUCAACCGGCAAGGCGUGGAUAUCGAGGUGGCCAGGAAAGAGGAGGAGCGGAUCAUGCUAAGGGAUGCACGACAGUGGCUUAACAGCGGCCAGAUCAACGACGUCCGGCACACCAAGUCUGGGGGGACCGCACUGCACGUCGCUGCAGCCAAGGGAUACACUGAGGUUUUAAAGCUUUUAAUUCAAGCAGGGUAUGAUGUAAAUAUUAAAGACUACGAUGGCUGGACUCCGCUCCACGCUGCUGCACACUGGGGAAAAGAAGAGGCCUGCCGGAUACUAGUAGAUCAUUUGUGUGAAAUGGACGUUGUCAAUAAAGUGGGCCAGACGGCGUUUGACGUAGCUGAUGAAGAUAUCUUGGGAUAUUUAGAAGAGCUGCAAAAGAAACAGAAUCAGCUUCUGAGUGAAAAGAAGGAUGUCAAGAAGUCUCCUUUAAUAGAAACUACGACUACUGGGGACAAUAAUCAAUCUGUGAAACCACUGAAGAGUAAAGAAACACUCCUACUGGAACCGGAGAAGACUGUCCCACGAAUCGAGACUCUGGAGCCGGAGAAGGUGGAUGAAGAAGAGGGGGAGGGGAAGAAGGAUGAGUCUAGCUGCUCUAGUGAGGAAGAGGAGGAGGAAGACUCAGAGUCUGAGAACGAAGCAGACAAGACCAAGUCUGUUCCGUCGAGCAUUUCGAACAGCACACCUUCAUCUGCACCUACUAGCAUCACCGUCACGUCCCCAACUACCCCAAGCAACCAGGUGACCACCCCAACCUCACCCACCAAAAAGGUGAGCACACCUGCAGGGAAGGUGUCUCCUAAAGAGGAAGAGAGGAAGGACGAGUCUCCUGCAUCGUGGCGGCUGGGCCUGCGGAAAACCGGCAGUUACGGAGCGCUGGCGGAAAUCAGCACAACUAAAGAGGCGCAGAAAGAGAAGGACACCGCCGGGGUGAUGCGCUCGGCCUCUUCUCCUCGCCUCUCAUCCUCACUGGACAAUAAGGACAAGGAAAAGGAGAAGGAGAAGACGCGCCUGGCGUACGUCGCGCCGACCAUCCCGAGGAGACACGUCAGCACAUCCGACAUCGACGAGAAGGAAAACAGGGACUCGGCUGCUAGUCUGGUACGUAGCGGCUCGUACACCAGGAGACGCUGGGAAGAAGACCUGAAGAACAGCGACGGAACCGCCUCACAAAACAGAACCUCCAGCUAUCAGCGCAGUACGUCUCACACGCUAGCGUUAGGCCGCACGUCUAGCUCUCGCGACCUGCCCGCCAAAUCCUCCUCUGCCUCCAGCCUGGAACCUAACAACUCUAAAGCCUGGCAGCAGCCUUCCUCCUACUACCAGUCUUACAGCAUUCACCGCAGCGGAUCGUUUGGAAGGAGGCAGGAUGAUGCUUUAAGUUCCACUUCCUCCUCCACCUCCACGACGACGACCUCCACCUCCUCGGUUACCUCACCCACCGGACAUCGCAGCCUGCUGUCCAGGUAUUGGGCAGAAGAGAGUACGGAAAAGGAGAAGGAGAAGGAGAAAGAGUCGGCCGCGGUCAUCCCCACAAUCAACACUGCAGCCACCACCACUACCACCUCCACUACUGGAACUCUACUGGGCUCUGACGGACGAGAGAGACGCAGAUCAUACCUCACCCCUGUGCGUGACGAAGAGUCCGAGUCCCAGAGGAAAGCCAGAUCCAGACAGGCACGGCAGUCCAGGAGGUCCACACAGGGUGUGACCUUGACUGAUCUCCAGGAGGCGGAGAAGACCAUCGGUCGCACUCGUCCCACACGGCCUCGAGAAGAGGAGAAAGAAGAGAAGGAGAAACAGGACAAGGAGAAACAAGAAGAGAAGAAAGAGACCGAGACUAAGGAGGAUGACUACAGGUCACGCUACCGCAGCUUUGAAGAGAAGUACCGUAGCACCUCCUUGGCCUCGACCACCACGGCCUCCUCCACCCUGCCUUCCUCCUUGUCCAGCAGCUCCUCUUCUCUGUACAGCACCUCCUCUCUGAACCGGCCCAACAGCCUGAGCGGUCUCACUUCCACCUACAGCCGCACCACACGCGACUCUGAGAGAGACUCCGAUAGAAAAGAAAGAGAGGACGACAAGGAUGCUGAAGACAAGUCUCAGCCACGCUCUAUACGUGACCGCAGACGACCUCGAGAGAAAAGACGCUCGACUGGAGUAUCCUUCUGGACCCAGGAUAGCGACGAGAACGAGCCAGAGCACCCAUCAGAUUCAGAAGAAGGCAGCACUAAAGGAGAGCCUCAGAGUGACAGACUAUCCAGGUAUGACCCUGUCUCUACUAGCACUUCCUCCCUCGACCGUUACGAGUCUUUGAGCAGCCGAGGCAUCGGGGAGAGCCGGCGGCCGUACUCUCGCUUCGAAAGAGACGACUCCACUGAUUAUAAGAAGCUUUAUGAGCAGAUUUUAGCCGAAAAUGAGAAGUUGAAAGCUCAGUUACGUGAUACAGAACUGGAGCUGUCGGACCUGAAACUGCAGCUGGAGAAAGCCACACAGAGGCAGGAGCGCUUUGCUGAUCGAUCACAGCUGGAGAUGGAGAAAAGGGAAAGAAGAGCUUUAGAAAGGAAGAUCUCUGAGAUGGAGGAGGAGCUGAAGAAUCUUCCUCAGGUAAAGCAGGUGCAGUCUCUGCGUCAGUAUAACGAGCGUUUGCAGGCAGAGAACAGGGCGCUGGCCCGCGUGCUCUCCAAAAUCACGCAGGGCUGCAGCCACCUGCCCGCCGCAGACCUGUAGACACGCCCCCACCUCCCCUUACACCCCUCCUCAUGCUCCAUUCAGCUCCGCCCACGCCCAUAUAAAGACGCUACCAGACUUGAAAGCAGACAACCAGAGACUAAAGGACGAGAACGGAGCGCUGAUCCGAGUCAUAAGCAAGCUUUCCAAAUAGAACACAUCCUCCGGCAGUAACGGUAUUGCACAUCUAGAUAUUAACACGAGACAACGGCGACAAGAAGGCUCCGCCUCCCCCCACUCCUCCGUUUCUCAGCCCCCCCCAGCUUUCCCUGGCUUCUCCGCUCCACCUCCUCACCCGCUCACACAGAACCACUGCGUUUACAGAACUAAGGAAAAGCGUUAGACGAGAGACUGGCAUCGAACACUUUGCGGGCGGGGAAAGCCUCCAAAAAAACUAUUUAACCAAUAAGCCUUAGUUGUACAUACGUCACUCGCAUCCAGUUUCUCUUGGCUGUCACAGAACACCUGAUUUUUAUUUGUGCCACACUUUUUUUUUUUUCUUCUUCUUCUUCCUCUUUUGUUUUGUGCUCUAUCCUCCUUGGUUUUAUUUUAUGAUUUCUUCUUAUUUUUAUUUAGUUUUGUUUAGUUGUUGCUGUCGCGCUCCGCUCUCGAAUCUUUCUUCCUGUACAGAUGUGUCAUGCAGCGUGUGCAGCUCUCUCCUCCCCUUUCCUCCCACCCCGGCGCCAGAAGUCCCGCCUCUCUCGGAGAAGACUAAGCUGGCGCUCGCUCUCUCCGCACACUUCCUCCUCUCUGGACUUUACCGAUUUAGGUGGACCUCGGAAGCUUUCACUUACGUGCAAUAUAUGCAUUUCUUUCUCUACGAAUGCUUUAAGAAUGUUCACUCUUUCGACACUUUCUCUCUCUCUCCCGGUUUCCUUCCCAUCUCCCCCCUCGACUUCUUCUUUCUCUCGUUUCUUUGAGUUUGUAGUGUAGUCGUUGGUUUAUAUCUUGUACUCCUCACGUUGUUUUAGCAGGUACUGAGUGAAGUUGUAUAUACCUGUAUGUAUUGUUUGAGACCAGCACAUGGCAUGCGUUUAUGGUUCCCUGUCUGUUACUAUUGAAAUAUACCAACUCCAGAGGACAAAGUGUGUUUUAACUAUUUCCUUCUUCUUUUAUAGUCGAAAAUGUCAUUGGAUAACAAUAGAGCCGCUCUCUUCAAGGAGGGACGGCUGCACGUCUUCAGUGCAUUUUUUUUUUUUUUCCUCUCUCUCUUCUCAGUUUUAAAAGUGUUCACGGUAAUUGUGAGAUGAUAAUAUAAUUGCUUCACUACAUUUCACACAUUUUAUUCAGUAUCUUUGGAAGAGUGCUGUUCAUUUUUUUUCCUAUCUUUUUUUUGUCCUUUUCCUGUUUUUUUUGUUUUUUCCUUCUCCUUUUUGUUUUUUUUUUAAGCUGUAGUAUUAGCCAAGGUGUUGUCACUAAAAAGAAGAUCCUAGAUAUUGCUAACCCAGUCCUUUUUACAAUGUCUACAUGCACUGUCAAUGCCAUGUCGGGAGUCUUGCUGUCCGGUUUAGCGAACUUUUGCCACCGCGUCAGAUGAAGUCCAUGCAUCGGAAACACGUUUUAUGCAUUUCAGUGGCCUUUUACUUAAAAUACUGUAGUUGGAAAAAAUGUCGCUGUAGUUGGACUGUCAGCUGUCUCCUCUUUGGUUUAGGUUUUUAAUAAUUUUUUUUUUUUUUUUUUUAAAUUUCCCAUCAUCUUGUAAAAUAGAUGUGUGGCUUCAUCCGUGCAAGCUGUGCUGUGACUACCAACCACUGAGAGUUAAUUAAAAUAAACUUGUACAUUGUAAAAAUC